AUGCAAUCGGCGAAGGAAGCAGCGUCAAACAUAGCAGCGUCGGCAAAGGCCGGCAUGGACAAGACGAAAGCAACGGUCGAAGAGAAGGUGGAGAAGAUGGCGACCCAUAACCCAAUAGAGAAAGACAUGGCUACCCAUCGUAAGCAGGAGAAGAUCGACCAAGCCGAGUUGAACAAGCAAGCGGUGCGUGAUCAUAACGCGGCGUCGAGACAACAACAAACCACCACCACCACCACCGGUCACACGACAACAACCGGACUCAACCCAAUGUCUGGAAUGCACGGACACGGCACCACUGGGCAUACACACGAAUCAGUGAUGAUGGGGUCUCAUCCGCCUGGGAUGACCACCACCACCACCAAUACCAACCCAGCUGCUAAUUAUGACCCUCGCCUGGGUGGUGGCUACACCCACACCGGAACCGGAACUGGCACUGGCGGUGCUUAUACUACUUGA